AUGUCAAUCCUCCUCCUAAACGGCUCAAACCUAAACCUCCUCGGCACCCGCGAGCCGCACAUCUACGGCAACAAAACCCUAUCAGAUAUCGAAACGGAGGUCACAGAACUAGCCUCAACAAAGGGUGUAAAACUCCAAACCUUCCAAUCAAACCACGAAGGCGCAAUUGUGGAUCGAAUCCACGCCGCACGAGGAAAUACCGAUGUUAUCCUCAUCAAUCCAGGCGCAUUUACACACACCAGUGUUGCGAUUCGUGAUGCGUUGCUAGGUGUUGAGAUUCCGUUUGUUGAGAUUCAUCUUUCGAAUGUGCAUGCUCGUGAGCAGUUUCGGGCGCAUAGUUAUCUUUCGGAUAAAGCGAGGGGUGUUAUUGUUGGAUUGGGGGCGUAUGGAUAUGAGGUUGGGGUUGAGUUUGCUGUUAGGGAGGUUAUUGAAAAGAAAUGA